GACAGUCUGUGCAAAGUUAUUAACUAGUGAGCAUGGCUCGUUCCGUUCUCGUUUCGAUCAUGUGCCUUUUUCUGGCCGGUGCCCAGGCAGGUCGCCUAAAGCCCUGCGGCGGCACAUCCGAAAAGUCGUGUGUUGAUCGUUCUUUGUGCAAUCAGGCUUCUGGAAAGUACGUCGGAGUGUUUCGAGAGCAAAAUAGUACAUUAGAGUGCUCCAGCACCCAAAUUUGUUGCCCCAAUGAUAAAAUUACGAAAGAAACUAAGAAGACUGUGGAAGUACCCACUAAAUGCGGACACCGAAACGCUUAUGGUCUGACAUUCUACACCGAUUCUAAUAACUACGCCCAGGAAGGCGAGUUUCCUUGGGUGGUCGCCCUGAUGACUCUUAACAAUACUUACAAGGGCGCCGGAUCCCUGAUCGCCGACAACUUGGUGCUCACGGCCGCCUCCAAAGUGAUCGGAGAAAACCAGAACUCACUGAAGGUACGUGCCGGCGAAUGGGAUAUGGCGACCAAUACCGAGAAAUACGCCAGUGUGGAGGCUGGCAUCCAGCUGAUCAUACCCCAUAAACAAUUUGACAAAAUAAAUCCUCAAUACAACAUUGCCAUACUGCUACUCCAAGAUCCAUUAUCGCGCUUGCCUCAUGUAUAUCCCAUUUGCCUGCCGUCGCCGGAUCAGAGAUUCGACUUAUCCCGCUGCAUCACCAACGGGUGGGGUCGGGAAAAGUUAGAGGACACAGAUAACGUGCAUGUCAUGAAGAAAAUCGAAGUGCCAGUGGUUCCUGCUGGGAUCUGCGAACAAAAGCUGACUUCGAUUUUUGAGGAACCGUUUACAUUACACGACAGCCUGCUCUGCGCUGGAGGAGAGAAGGACAAAGACUCCUGCUUGGGAGACGGUGGCGGACCCCUUGCCUGUCCACUGGCGGGAGAUCCCUCGCGGUUCGAGCUGGCCGGUAUCGUUAACUGGAGCGCGGACGGCUGCGGCGUCGAGGGAACUCCGUCCAUUUACACCAAUGUCGCAAACAUGCGCCCAUGGAUCGACCCGAUUAUGAAUGGCUUUGCAUUUAUAGACGAAUCCAGCACCGAUAUUGCAAUCACUACUCCACUUUCGAUUCCACUUCCACUCGCCAAUUCUCCCGAGCUUGACGCAGAGAAAAUAACGUUUUUGCCGGUAAUACGUAAGAAAUCAUGAAUUAAAAAGGACAGCUACUCUACUUGGCGCCAAAACUUUGGGGGCUGGAAGCGAGUAUGAAGUACAAGGUAUUAGUGCUACUACAACUCCAGGAUAUAUGCGACUUUGUUCACUUGAUGAUACAUUAUUCAUGGUGAUGAGUACAAUCCCUUUUAAUAAUAUAAUGUGUAUGAAAAAGUUUUUAUUUUAACAUCAAAUAAAUACGAAGAAUUCGUAA